UUAGGUGUUAAUAUGUAAAUAUAUAUGAAUUGGUUGGUAGGUAUGUAAAUGCCCAUUUUAUAAAUAACCUCACUCAUAUUAUGUAGCAUCGCUUCUGGGCAGCGUUAUUAUGAUCUACGAAUUAGAAGCCGACUCCAUGACCCCCACUACCCCGUCCGACCAUCCACGGCGGCCACCCUCCUGCUGGAACAACGACGAAGACUCAUCCGCCUCUCCCACUGCAUCCAGCCAACUCGUUAGGCUCAUGUGCAGCUUCGGCGGCCGCAUCCUUCCUCGCCCCCACGACCACCAACUUCGCUACGUCGGCGGCGACACCCGCAUCAUCGCCAUCCCUCGCUCCGCAUCCUUCGCAACCCUCCUCUCCAAGCUCAGCAAAAUAGCAGGUUCCGCUGUCCCCGCCGACCAACUCACUAUCAAGUACCAGCUCCCCAACGAAGACCUCGAAGCUCUCAUCUCCCUCACCUCUGACGAGGACGUCGAGAACAUGAUGGACGAAUACGAUCGCCUUUUCGCUUUCCGAACCCCUCGUCUCCGCCUCUUUCUCUUCCAUCCCGCUGCCGAUUCCUCCGGUGCGUUUGGCUCUAUCCUCGAAGGUUCCGGCAGCUCCAAGCACCAGGACUGGUUUCUCGACGCUCUCAUUGGUUCUGGCUCGGCG